AUGACUGAGUGGUGCGUAGUUGUUAUGGAUAAACCUGGCGCUGAGAGAAAGAAGUAUGGGUCACUACAUGUGACAGGUAUCAAACCAAUAAUCAAGGCAGGAAUCUUACUCUCUGGUGGUCAAAUUAAUGACGAAAGUAACCCGCCAAAGGCUGUUGGUUCCCAUCUUCAAAUUAGAGCAGACACUAAGCAGGACGUUGUAGAGAUGUUACAAAACGACCCAUUUUCUCGAUAUGGUGUCUGGGAUAUUGAUAAUGCUAUCAUAUAUAGAUUGGACUGUGUUUAUAGGGAAAGGCUAGAUCUUACAUUGUGA